CCAGACCCAAAAAACUAGACAGACCCAACUUCUCUUCUCUCGCUCUCUCUCCCUCUCUCUCUCUACUGUGAAUUAUCUUUUGCUCUUGGAGAACUUCCAUGACGAUCAUAGGUUUCAACUAAUUGUUAACUGCCCAACUGUAUGGUGAUUCUCUCUCUCAGCUGAGAGUUGUUGGCAGAAAAGUAGUUCCCUCCCGCCGAUGCUAGUAAAGAUCCUUACAUGGUGUCAUUCAAGACAUCAAACCCUAACCCUACACUCAAGCAUCCCUUUUCAUGAUGUAACCCAGCCAACAAUCCUCUGUAUCUCUCGUUUUUUAAGCCAAUCUAAAUCCCAAAAUGAAGAUACCUAUGACCCUCCAUUUUCAUUCACCUCCAAAACCCUAAAACCCAAUAACGAGAACAAGGAAAAGAAGCAAGGGAAUAGUCAAAACAAAGCUUCAUCGAAAUCCGAGAGAGACUUGGACUUUCCAUUGAAAUCAAAUCUACCCUUCAAUUUUAGAUACUCAUACUCUGAGACUAACCCUUCGAUUGAGCCCAUUGGGUACCGUGAACCACCGAGAUUCUCUCCCUUUGGACCUGGACGGCUUGACCGGAAAUGGACCGGCACUUGUGCUCUGGCCAAAGAAGCAGUUGAUUUGCUAAAGUUAGAAGAACAACAACGUGAGGUUCUUGGAGAACCACUAUCCGAAGAAGAAGUCGCUGCGCUUGUGGAACAGUUUCGCCAUAACGAUUGUUCUCGACAGAUUAAUUUGGGGAAGGGGGGUGUUACUCACAACAUGCUCGAAGACAUCCACAACCACUGGAAGCGGGCUGAAGCUGUGAGGAUCAAGUGCUUGGGUGUGCCAACUCUUGACAUGGAUAAUGUUUGCUUCCAGCUUGAGGACAAAACUGGUGGGAACAUUAUCUACCGCCACAUAAAUAUCCUUCUAUUGUAUCGUGGUCGAAACUAUGACUUUAAAAAGAGGCCAGUUAUUCCUUUGAUGUUGUGGAAGCCGUAUGCGCCAAUAUAUCCAAAACUUGUGAAGAAUGUUGCUGAUGGUCUCACAUUUGAAGAAACAAAGGAAAUGAGAAAUAGAGGACUGAACUCUCCUCCUCUAAUGAAACUUACCAGGAAUGGUGUUUAUGUGAAUGUAGUGGAGAGAGUGAGGGAAGCUUUUCAGACCGAAGAAGUUGUACGACUAGACUGCACUCAUGUGGGUUUAAGUGACUGCAAGAAGAUCGGUGUGAAGUUAAGGGAUUUGGUGCCGUGUGUCCCUAUCUUGUUCAAGGAUGAUCAGAUUAUCCUUUGGAGGGGCAAGGAAGAGUUGGAACGGGACUCGAGCUCAUUGAUAGAACCUACCACAGAUGCUAGAUGAGCGGUUAGUAACUUGUGAUACAGUUCUACCUGUAGUUAAUUUGCCUCAUCCGAUGACUCAAGUUGUUGACAGGAUGCAAAUAUCUGUGGCCGAUUUAUACCUUCACCAGUAAUCAUGGUUUCUGAUGCAAACAAAAGUUGCUUAGCCAACUCUCUGAACCGUCAACGGUGAUAUGACACUCAAAUGCAAAUGGAUUGAUGAGGAGAUCAGUUUUGCAUUUGGUAUCACAGCAAUUAUGCUGCUCAGAAAGUGGAACUUCAGAAGGGAUGUGUGACCCGUAUUUCCUCACCAAAGAAGAAGAAGAAGAAUGUAUUUGAGACCCUGUAACGCUAUACCCCAAAUUUCCUAUUUUUGUCUCUUGGUUUGAUGAGAUGAUCCAAAAAAUGUAAAAACGAUCCCUUAAUGGAAGUAAGCCUCCUUUUUCUUUUUCUUUUUCUUUUUCUUUUUCUUUUUCUUUUUGGGCUGUCCUUCAGCAGAUUUUGUCUUUU